AUGGCCGGGGUUGUACGUCAACCAAUUGACAUCCCAGCGUUCGAGCGAUAUCUUGAGCAGAAUGUCCCGUCGAUAAAGACUCCCCUGGAUGUCAAACAGUUUGGCUUUGGCCAAUCGAACCCAACCUACCUCCUCACAGCUUCCGAUGGCAAAAAAUACGUUAUGCGAAAGAAGCCACCUGGCAAGCUCCUUUCGAAAACAGCACACCGGGUAGACAGAGAGUAUCAAAUCAUACAUGCGCUCGAAAAGACAGAUGUCCCGGUGCCAAAAGCCAUCUGUUUGUGUGAAGAUGAUAGCGUCAUCGGAACGGCGUUUUAUAUAAUGGAGUUUUUGGACGGACGUAUAUUCACGGAUCCUGCCAUUCCUGGUGUGAGCCAAAAGGAAAGAAAAGCAAUUUGGAAAGACGCGGUUGAAACAUUGGCAAAGUUUCAUCGGGUCAACCCAAAGGCCAUUGGCAUGGAAGGGUUCGGACGGCCAUCGGGGUUCUAUGAUCGGCAGAUUGCAACCUUUAAAACCAUUUCCAAAGCACAAGCAGACACGGUUGAUAUUGAGACCAAAAUUCCCGUGGGUAAUUUGCCGCACUUUGAUGAGAUGGUGGAAUUCUUCUCAAACAAAGACCAGCAGCCCAAAGAUCGAGGCACAUUCGUUCAUGGUGACUAUAAAAUUGACAAUAUGGUUUUCCACAAGACGGAACCCAGGGUAAUCGGGGUGUUGGACUGGGAGAUGGCGACUAUCGGCCAUCCUCUGUCCGACUUCUGUAACUUAACUGGGCCAUAUAUGCACACAGGCGGAACUCCUAACACUACUCUGGAGUUCUCACCGGAGGCUGUUCCAGGCCUUCCAACGCGCGAAGAAUGCGUUGAAUGGUACCGCAAAAUUGCUGGGUGGAACCCGACAUCGGAGUUAAUGUGGGGUGACGCCUUCCACGGAUUUCGAGGUUCAGUGAUCAUGCAAGGGAUCGCAGCUCGAUAUGCUGUGAGGCAGGCAAGCAGUGCAAGGGCGAAAGAUUACGGAUCGCAAAUGGGCCCAUUUGCGCUUCGUUCAUAUGAAAGGGUCAGCAAAUUGAAGGAGAACGCACGUCGGAAGGCUAAACUGUAG